CAACACUAAACCCCCUCGAGACAACUCACGGCUCCACCAAACCCCGUCUCUUGUUUUCUCCGGCGUCUCCUUCCUCUCCUCCUCCUCCGGUUGUCGAAACCCUCGCUCGAUCUAUCGAUCGAUGGAGGCGGCGGCGCUGUCGCGCAUCGGGCUCGCCGGACUGGCGGUGAUGGGCCAAAACCUAGCCCUCAACGUCGCCGAGAAGGGCUUCCCGAUCUCCGUCUACAACCGCACCGCCUCCAAGGUCGACGAGACCGUCGGCCGCGCGGCGGCGGAGGGCGGCCCCCCCCUCUCUGGCCACCACUCCCCCCGCGAUUUCGUCCUCUCCAUCGCUCGCCCUCGCUCCAUCAUCAUCCUCGUCAAGGCCGGCGCCCCCGUCGACCAGACCAUCGCCACCCUCUCCCAGUUCAUGGACCCCGGUGACUCCAUCAUCGACGGCGGCAACGAGUGGUACGAGAACACCGAGCGCCGCCUCCGCGACGCCGCCGCCCGUGGCCUCCUCUACCUCGGCAUGGGCGUCUCUGGCGGGGAGGACGGCGCCCGCCAUGGCCCCUCCCUUAUGCCCGGCGGCCACCUCCAGGCCUACCACAACGUCCAGGACGUCCUUGCCCGUGUUGCCGCCCAGGUCGACGACGGCCCCUGCGUCACCUUCGUUGGCAAGGGUGGCGCCGGCAACUUCGUCAAGAUGGUCCACAACGGCAUCGAGUACGGAGACAUGCAGCUAAUCUCCGAGGCCUACGACGUCCUCCGCACCGUCGGCAGCCUCUCGAACCACGAGCUCGCCGAGAUCUUCGCCGAAUGGAACCGCGGCGAGCUCGAGAGCUUCCUCAUCGAGAUUACGGCCGACAUCUUCAGGGUUCCCGACGAGCACGACGAGGGCGAGCUGGUGGACAAGAUCCUCGACAAAACCGGCAUGAAGGGGACUGGGAAAUGGACGGUCCAGCAGGCGGCGGAGCUCUCGGUCGCCGCCCCCACAAUCGCCGCCUCCCUCGACUCCCGAUACCUCAGUGGGCUCAAGGAGGAGAGGGAGGCCGCUGCGAGAGUUCUCGACCAGGCCGGGAUCGGCGGCGAGGGCUUGGGACCGUCGCUGGGACGGGCGAUCGACAAGAAGCGUCUGAUAGACGAUGUCCGGCAGGCUCUGUACGCCUCCAAGAUCUGUAGCUAUGCCCAAGGUAUGAACUUGCUCCGGGCCAAGAGCGAGGAGAAGGGGUGGAACCUCAAUCUCGGGGAGCUGGCGAGGAUCUGGAAGGGGGGUUGCAUCAUAAGGGCCAGGUUUUUGGACAGGAUAAAAAAGGCUUACGAGAGGAAUCGGGGACUCGCAAACCUGAUUGUGGACCCGGAGUUCGCAAGGGAGAUGGUGCAGCGACAGGGUGCUUGGAGGAGGGUCGUGGGGCUGGCAAUUGAGGCUGGAAUCAGCACGCCGGGGAUGUGCUCGAGCUUGGCAUACUUCGACACAUAUCGCCGGGCUAGGCUGCCUGCAAACUUGGUGCAGGCGCAGAGAGACUACUUUGGGGCGCACACCUAUGAACGUGUCGACCGCUCCGGGUCGUUCCACACUGAGUGGUCCAAGAUUGCCAGGCAGAGCAAGGCCGGGGCAGGUGUCCUUAAUUGAGGGCUUUGAUGGAUUUUGAAAGGAAAUGAUGCUGCUAGGAUCCAAGGAUUUAAAGGUUGAUGCAAUUUUUUGAGCUUCGACUAUUUGGUGUUGAAUGUGUGCUUACAUUGCAAGUCCUGCAUGAUACUUGUACUAUUUCAAGUGCAAUUUGUCCCAUUCAUUUUUCUAGUUGUAACUAUUGAUCCCUUGUCCAACUUUUUUGGGCACCGAUGAACAGCAAUGCGGUUCAAGUAACAUAUUUACUAAUUAGAUUGUAUUUAUAGAA